CCGUUUUAGUUAGCAAUCAGAAGAAUGAAAGAGAGCAAAACCAAAACACCCUAACUACUCUUGCCCUCAGCUAUUUCACCUCACUCCCAAAACUCGAGAGCACAACGGUGCUUGACUUGCUUCGAUCGCAGCAGAGAAGAACAUGCAAUCUCCAUCUCGUCGCCGUUCUUCAACCUGUCCAGCCACCACCGUCAUCGCGUCUGCUCUGUCGUGGUGCGCGCAGCGCCAGCUCCAUCCAAACGCCUGUGUUCUGUCGCCUGUUCGAGCCUCCACUCAGCCGCCAUUUCCCCGCUGUUGCAGCCUCUCAUCCGCCGCUGUGCAUCCCUCCAUUCAGCCAUCUCCAUCGAUAGGUUCGCUGAAGGAGGUUCGCUAAUAGAGGUCUGAUCAACGACACCACUGAAGGGUCCGCUGCUCUUUUUCACAAAUCGCAGAUAAUCAUGGCACCGAAAGGUAGGGGUGGACGAAUAGUACGAAACACUCGUAUUGAUCAAUCUCGGCUUCCCUCGCGUAUGUCAGGUGAGCAAAAUGUUGAUAUUGAUUCUUCUCAACCAUCGGUACAUGUGUUAGGUCAACAGAGUAAUACUCAUGAUGAACCUCAUCUUACACAAUUGAAUGUGGGAUCAGCAUCACAACCAUCCCCACAAAUUUUAUCACAACCAUCACCACAAUUAGAUGGUGCGAAUUCGUCUGACGCAUCUGCUUUAGACGCAGAAGAUAAUGAGCUACCUAGUGUUGGACAAUCAAGUUUGCAUACUGAAACUAGGAGUAACAGGAAGCUGGUAAUAGCUGUAGAGAAAGGCGAUAAACCGAAGAGAUUUACAGAUCAUACGGUAACUCGUGACAUCACGAAAGAUUUAUUAAGUAGGAUGCCUUCUCCAGCGCCAAGAUGGCAGGAUUAUUGUCCAAACAUGAAGGACGAAUUGUUCAAAGAUUUUCUGGAAAAACAUGAAUUUGCAUCAAAUUAUGAUAAGGCUAUGGCAAGAACUGUUUGGAAUAAGACAAUGCAUGACCGCUAUCCUGAUAUUUUGAAAAGAGCAAUGGAUAGAGCUUUUAAGGAGGCAAACUCUACUAGUAUUGCUGAUAUUAAGGGUCAUGGACCUAAAGCAAUGAAAGUUGAUGUUUGGAAUGGCUUAGUUGAUCAUUGGUUAGAUUCAAAGUGGCAAAACAAGUCUGUGGCCGGUCAAAAAAAUAGGGCUGCUAUGCCUGCUCAUAAAUUACACACUGCAGGGUCUAUCAGUUUUGGCGAACACAAGAGAAGAAAGGAAGCUAAGUUGAAGCGUCGGGUAUCUUUCCUUGAAGUAUAUUUUAUUUGUGAAGUAUCUAUGUUGGAGAUGUUGCAUUAG